UUUUUAAAAUAAGUGAUUAGAUAUUUUUACAUAAAUGAGAUGAAAAUAGAAUAUCGUAUAAUAAAUCUUAAUGUAUUCUUUCUACGUUUCAAAACUAUAUUAUAUUAUAAUUUAUCAUAUAUCAGAUUUAAGAACAUGUUUAUCUUUUUAGGUUAGCGAUAAGUUUUAUUUUUUGCGAUGUAGUUAAUCCCGUUGGAUUUUGGCAGACAUUCAUUAUUGUUUUUAGCGCUACGAUCACUGUUUCUUUUACACGGUAUUGUUAUUUUAAACGCAUGUUUUUGAGCGUUGCAUAAUUUUGCGUCUAAUGUAUUUUUGCAAUUGUUAUCUUUCAAGAAAUAAGAAUAUAUAUGUAGCUUCAAAUUGUAUAAUUUACAUUAUGAUAUUGAAUUUGCAACGGCAUAAUUGCAUAAUGAUAAUUUCUUUGAUUAACAAAUUAUUAUCCAUUAUUUUAAAACAAAAGAGACAGUUUCCAUUUAUGAAUAUUGGCGCUAUUAUUAUUGUUAAUUCUUUAUCGAUAUAUAUUUAUUUUACAACAUAUAUCUUCCAUAAUUCACUGAUAUUCUUCGUCGAAAUCGAAGAUACCGUUAACUGAUCGGCAUCGGUGAGCAUCGUUCUUUGGUUCACGCACGUGCAGUCAGAGACACGCCCGUUGACGUUUACAUUCGCUUGUAAAUAAAGAGCGCCUUGCUUUCAGUUGCUGCAAAUAAUCUUAAUACACGCAAUAAAAUAUAAGCGAGAAAAUAUAUGCGUAAUCAUGCGAUUAAAUUACCAAUAGAAAUCAAAUACUAAGCUAUUUAUUUCACGAAAAUUUUUCUAUUCUCAACUCACAUUAGUAACUGUAGAAGUUGUAUAGUGCAAAACAAUUCUAUGUAAUUAUUAUUUUGUAUUACGACUUGUUUCAUGUUAACAAAUUUCAAACUGACGAUUUCAAGUUUCGAAAAAUUAUCAACAAUGCAUUUAAAUAUCGAAAAUAUCAGUGAUAUUAAAAAGAUAAGAAAGAAAAAUAAGUCUUUUAUAAUGAAAUAUGAUAUGAAUCAAAAUGCAUGAUUGUUCGAAUUAUUUGGAACAAUUCCCGAUCGGUGGCAUAGUUUCGAUUCGUUCGACACACGUCCCUAAGAACUAGACACACGUUCGAUGACCAUACAUGUUCAUCCCAAUGACCGGGACCAUACGUGGCGUCCCACAUAUUCACAGUUCCAUCCUACUACCAUAGCGAGGCCGUAUCCAACGGUAUCGGAACGACUCAUUAAAAAUUUAUACGAUGUCCUUGACUUUUUCUCGAUGAUUUUUGUUCUUCUACCAAUUGAUUUAUCGUUAAUAAUCCACGUGUACGAUUCGAAUCAAGUUUCAUCAAAAUUUUACACCUCUUUGCAUCGAAAAAUUAAAUUGUUGCAAUGACGAUUAUCAACGAUAAAUAAUCUUUUUUUUUUUUCAAUCAUUUGAACUUUAAAUUUUAACAACGAGAAUUUGUUCAAGAACGAAAUUAUGCGCGGAAUAAUUGUGAAAUAAUCCAGCUAACAUAACACAAUUGCUAUGUAUCGUGUCAUUCACAUGCGUCAUAUUUAUUCUUAUAUUCAUACGUAUACUAUACAUAGUUUUAAUCUUACAUUACAUACAUAUGUUAUCCACGAAUAGAAUGAAUGUAAUAUUUUUCAUGGUCAUCGAUGAUAUAGAAUCUACAACUUUUCCAAGCGUUCGUAAACUACGUUUGUUCCAGCAAAUGUAUAUCCACAACAUUUCAUUAUGUGUUAAUAAAUUAAUUAUCGACGUUAAAUUAAUUCUUUUUAAAUCAAUUCCGUUUCACAAAUUUGUUCCAUUAAAUGUGAAAAUAAAAGAAUAAAAAUUUCCUUCCUCUUUUAUAUGUAAUCUUCGUAAUGGUAUACGUAAAUAGAAACGAAUUACGAAUGAUUUCAUUAGAAUUAAUUUUAAUGCGUAAUUCUCCUCGAUGAAUCGUAAGAAAGAAACGCAUGAAAAGAUUAUAUUGUUGAAAUUUAAACAUAUAUGUGGAUAAAGUGUUAUCUAUUACUGCUAUUACUAAUUUCACGAAGAUAAGUAUUUCUUAUAUUUGAUAUACGACGUAUAUUCUGCGCGACAUUAAACAAAUAUAUUUAAAGUAUUUUUGGAAAAGUUUCGAAAAAUCAAUGUGUAAUACAUUAUUACUCACAUUAACGCCUCUACAAAUAUUUGAUAAACGGAAAUAUUUGAAGGACAAAAAUAUUAGUUAAUCUAGAGGCGAGCAACGCAAGAUUGCAUAAUUAUCGAUUAUUACCACGAUUGUAAAGUCACUAGGGUCAUAAGUAUCUACGGUGUGUAGGUUGUUCACGAAGCAUAUCGGUUGGUGCAACAAGUUAUUCAGCGAACUCAGUUAACGCACGCAAGAAUCUUAUACGCAAGGACAAGCCGCACCUCGUAAUACACACUAUAGAUUCAAUUCAUAAAAAUUGUCUUUCCGUGUUUAAGAAAGUAUAGUCGAUUAUAUAGGUUAUUUCAUGAAUUUUUCAAUCAAAUUGACAAUUUAUAUUUUCGAUAUUAAUCUUUGAAUUUUGUAACGUGUGCAUUAAUCUCUUUGCAAUCUAAUCUCUUAAGUUUCAAUAUUAUUUCUACUUCAUAUUAUGUUUAUAGACGAUUCAAUCAAUGUCUAAACAAUCUAUUUGAAUUACAAUAACCUGUUUGCAUUAUUCAUCCUUAGUUUUUUUGUUCUUCUUUAUGGAAUGAUGCAAAUCAAUAAAAGUGUAAUUUAUGUAAUGAAAUACACGCGCAACUUAAAUAUAAGCGUGCAAGAAAGUUUGAGAAUGUUAAAAGAAAUAUUUAGAAUACGACGAUACGAAAAUGCGAAUUUUAUGUUAUUUUUUUUUUUUUUUUUUUUUAUUAAAAGUAACUUAAAAUAACUGUUGUACCAGAUAAUUCAGUGAAACGUGUAUUCAUAUAUGAAUAGUCAUUACUUUGACCAUAAAUAUAUAACCUUAUUUAACGCGAUUUACAUUGCUAAUUACACAGCUAUUUCUAUAGCCGAUAUAUGUGUUUCUAUCGUAAUUAUAUGAAUGUGAUAGGAUCGUUGGCUCAUUGAAAUUGCUUAAUUGUUCAACAAAUUGUAAUAUUACAACAAAUAGAUUUUUAGAUAAAAAAAAAAAAGAAAAAAAAAAGAUUUCCAUCGCGAGCGAACGAUAGUCUUUUAAAUAGAAAGAAAUUACAACAUCUCGCAAAGUAGCGUAAAUCCUGAUAGUUUGCCAAUUUGAAUGAGUGGAACGAGCACGGAACGUAUCAAUUUAUGCGAAUCGAUCAAUGUUUCUUUUUCCUUUUUUUUUCUUUUUUUAUGAUUCCCGAUUUCCGGUUGUUCUUAUAUUGUUGUUACAAAAAAUGAAAAACAAAAUUAUUCAUUUCUCGGAAUUUACGAGUCCGAAUAUCAGAGAGAAUUAAACUCGUAGAUAAAACGGGCUAAUCUCGCGUUGUCGAUUACAAAAGUGUUAUUUCUGGAAAGAUUGGAUCAAGCGUGGGACAUCCUGAAAAAUGAUCGUCGUCUUGAAGCGUGCACUUACAUCAUCUUCAACAUAGAUUUAUAAAAAUUCAUCUCGUUGAUUUAAUCAAUGUCUCAUCAUAACGGUAAAUGUUGUUGGUUUAAAUAUUGGGAAUUGGGAUGUUUUGAUCUUCUCUGUGAAUUUUUCUUUUUUUAUAAUUUAUAUCCUGAAUUAAGACACGAUUUAAAAGUUUUUUUUUACCAAUUUCGAACUUUUUAAAUUAUUAUUAGCACAAAUUGUACAAAGCAUUCCUUCAAAUUAUCUCAACUUCGACUAAUUAAGCGGUUUUCUGCAUGCUGCAGAUAUCCGUAUGAUCAUAUUUCACGCGGAUGGAAAGACUCUCGUUGCAAUUUCUGCAUCCGUUUAUAUUCUUUUAUCAGUGCUUCGUUUUCAUUUUCGUACGUUUAUUUUAUAUUGCGCUUAUAUUCUCGAUAGAUUCAAGAUGUAAUUCUUAGUAACCAUGAAUCUAAUUCAUAGCAUUCCAGUGACUUGACUCUUGUUCCUUAUUUUCUUUAAUUACACAUAUUUUCAAUUCAACAAUGAUCUCUUGAAUAUUUAAUUUUAGAAUUUAGAUACAUUUUCUUGAACAUUUUUUCCCCCGCUUCUUCUUAUUAAAACUGAUUUAAAUUUUUCAAAAUAUUUCUGCAUCUCGCUUCCUUUCAAUUUUUAAUUACAUGCGAGCGGACAAGUAUGUAUAUUAAAAGUGGCACGCUAAGGUUACAUGCAGAUCAUUCCCCUACCAUGAAUAAUAAUAUAAGCUAAUAGUAGAACCUCGACCUAUAUUUCCUAACAGCUACUUAUCCUCCUUAAUGUUAUUUUAGGAAUCGUCGUUAUUCCACUUCUCUCAUAGCGAGUGAUGGACAAAUAUUAUUCAAAUAAUAAUGAACGAAAAAAUCUAAACUGUUUUCAAAGGUACGCGAGUCGUUCGAACGAAUGUCUAACUAAUGUUAUUAAAUUGUACAGAUUGUUUGUGGAUUAUUCGAUGUUAGGAAUUCUCUAGUUGAAUGUUUAUCGCGGUCGACGACGUUUUCAAACGGUGAAAGUGAAAUUCUUCCUUCGGUACACGGUUUCCAGCGUUCCAAUCCUUCGCACUUUCGCGCCCGUUCACCCUUUCAUGCAUUCCUGUCUCUUAUAAUACAUUAUUAUGCAUAUUCGAAUCUCAUAGAUCAGUUAUAAGGGGAUGAUGUGGGAAGGCUUGACGCAACUUUGUACUUUCCAUUUAAUAGAUAGUAAAGAAAUCUAUGUUACAAUGUAGGAUUCUUUUAGCAGAUAAGAUAAGUUAUUAUAAUUAGGCUGCGAAUUCUCAUAUGGAAUUAAAUAAUCAUUUCAAUCGUGUGUUAUUUAAAUUUUUCUACAUUCAAAUUUUGCACGAAUAUUUGUAAUUUAAUUAUGAUUGUUUCGCACAAAUUUAUCGAGCCCAAUCCUCUGAAGUUUCCCCUCCCUUUAAACACAAUUUUAUGCACAAUACUCGUUUAUAUUUCCACGAUUGAAUCCGGUUGAUACGAUAAAGUUUGAUCGAUGCUUGCUACCUUUAUGUUCGAAACGGUAGUAAAGAGGAAGUCAAAAUGUCGAAGAGAAGAGUUAAGUAUAAGCACGGUUGGACGCUGAUCGACGAAAAUAUCGAAAAUGUGGAACGCGUGAAACUCAAUCCCGAGAUGCAGCGAGAGCUGGGUUGUUUAGUUGGCGAGCACGUGUUUCUGGAAUAUCCGUGGGCAUACGUGGACCGAGACGUCAUCGCAAAAUUCGCUAAAUUCCCGGAUUCGUCGUUGGCGCCUUUUCGAGAAAUGAUCGAUAUUUACGAAGCUGACACGUUUCUCGUCGGUUAUUCCUCUACUCGAUUAGAUUCCGACGAUUUCGUGAUCUGCCUAACCGAAAAAGCGAAACGCCUUAUUCGGCAACGGAACAAGACCAUCACCGGUAUUAUCUCGCGCAAAGUUAUCGGCAGAGUAAUGAAAACUGCAAAAUCAUGGAAUUCGUUGGGCAGCGACAUAGAAGUGGAUGAAAAUCUCGUAAGGAAUAGAAGAGAAUUUUUCGAGAUAGAAAUCGUAUUUCCUGGAAAAAUGUUGAAUUCCUCUCGAACGUUAAGCAAUAGAGGUGCAAGCGAUUCCAGAGACAGUUAUAUACAAUUGAUAAACGAAGAGGACGAGAAGUUCGAAAUCAUCGAGAGAAAAUGCAUCAGUAAAGGUGUACAGACUUCUUUGCAACCUCGAGAAACGUUUGUUCAAACGUGUCCUACAUUUCCUAAAAAUGCUUGGACUCAAUAUGUCUACGAAGACAUUUUAGGGGAGACACCUGUUGAGGAGGAGAAGAAACAAGUAAACGAGGAAACGGAACAAAAUAAGGAUAAUCGAUCAGAAGUAAAAGAUAUCGACCAGAGUAACGAAGACUUGGAGGACGAGAAGCCUAAAGAGAAAACACCUUUGGAAUUAUUUUUGGAAACUCGUUCCCAAGAAAUGAUCGAUGCUGUUAAAUACAACGCAGCUGUUAAUUUGUACGUAGAUGAUAUCGAAAGUUUAUCCAAACGAGAAAGCAAAAUUUCAACGAUCGAGGUGGCUACGCUUUCCGAACAAGUGUCGUUUAUCGAUCUAAGUGUCACGGGCAACAGAGCAAUUUCGGAUGUUACUUUGCAUUCGAAAUUCAAAGAGCACGUGGCAAUCUCGUACAUCACGAUCUCGAAUCGAGCUUUAAAAACGGAAUGCUUAAGCGAGGGUGAAUUUCAGACGAGAGCGCUUGUCUGGAAAUUAAACGAUCCUCUUCGUCCCCAUCUUGUGCUUCAAGAUCACAGAGAAAUUUAUUCCGUUUCCUUUUGUCCAUACGACGAUGAUUACGUGAUAGGAGGUUGUUCCACCGGACAAGUGAUUAUUUGGAAUAUCAAAGAUUAUUUGAACAAUAUUUCUGAUAACAAAACUGUCAAAUUUAGAACUACGCAAAACAACUUGCCAAUUCUUCGGCCAACUGUUGUUUCUCACAAACAUCACUCUCAUCGCUUGCCUAUUCGAAAGAUUCGAUGGAUACCUGCCAAAUGCAGAAUAGAGCCAAAUGGAAACUUGACAAGAUCAUCUAACAUUUCUUCCAACAUGGAGUUUCUAACUGUUUCUGAAGAUGGCACGGCGAUCGUUUGGAACGUCUGUUUUCGUCUUGUCAAUCACGAUGGCGAAGACGAACCGCUUCACCCGAUUUUUCGUUUAAAAAUUCCUACUUUUGGCGAGAAUCCCUCGCAAUCCUUUACUCCUCUGUGUUUUUGUCUCGACGAACGAAAUGAAAAUUCAUCGGAUCGAAACGAGUCAAAGAGCAAAGAUUUUAGAAAAUAUCUAUGGAUCGGGUGUGCGGAGGGAUUGAUAAAGUGUAAGUGGGAAGAGCAAGCAUACGAGGAAAAUUUAACGGAUAUAGCGGAGUGUAACAUUUUAAAUUGCUCGUAUGUGCAUAAUGGUCCCGUUAUAGAGAUCGUACGAUCAUCGCAUGUUCGAGAUGUGCUCUUAUCGAUCGGUGGACAGGUGUUCGCCAUUUGGAACGACGAUCAUAUGGAUUCCCCUUUAUUUUGGAGAAGAACUUCCGCUCGAUACACGAGCUGUUGCUGGGCCAAUGAACCUGGUGUAUUUCUUCUCGGUAGCGAGGACGGCAAUCUUGAAAUGUGGAAUAUAAACAGUGAAUCGAACCAACCGAUAUUCACGCAGGUCGUGUCUCUGAAAUCGGUCACCUGUUUAAUCCUGUUACCCGUAUUUCGUAAUCCUGAAGAUGCAAAAAUGAUCGGCGUGGGUGACCAUGGCGGGUUGUUUCGUGCGUUCAAAGAGCCCGAAAUUUGUCGUGGUAAGAACGUGACAAGAAUGGAAAGAAUGGAUUGGUUCGAGGAAUACGCAUGGAGAGAAACGCGAAGGAAAAAACUUUUCGCCAGUUGGCAGAAUGAUUUUCUCGUUAACGAUCCGGUCAUAGUAGCGAGGAGAUCAGCCAGGCGUGACGAGGAGCGUGAAAAAAAGGCAGAAGAAGCGAGGGAAAAACUUCGACGAGAACAACAGACACGUUUGAGGCUCGAAGCCGAGAAAAGAGCGCGAAGUGCACCGGUUCCGAAAGACGUUGCAUGGAGGUCGAGGGAGUUCGAUAGAAUGAAACAAGUUCUCUUGGAUAAAAAAAGAAUCGUUCCUUCUGAGCUCGAGGCGAAAAGGACUCUUUUCGUUGCCACGAAAGCAGAAAGGGAUGCGAAGUUGGAAAAAGUUCGAAACAGAAUUGCUCGUAGGGACGAAUAUUUUCUUAAUGCGAUAUCCGUUGAAUUUCCCGCGCUUUCAAUCGAAUCGAAGACAGAAGGCUCGGAAUCCGAGAAAUUUACCCCGAUAGAACUUGGGAAAUCGAUCGACGAUUACGUUGAAAAAUUUAACGAAAUACGGCGUAAAGCUAAGGAAAUGUUGACAAAUAAUUUCGCUUCGUAAAUUCUCUCUCUCU